AUGCAUAAAUCUGGUGUAACAAUGAAAUCAUCACAUCAGUCCCUAUCGUUGGCAUCAUCACCGUCGUCGGCAUCUCCAUCAGCAUCAAAUAUGUCUAGACGGAGUGAUCGUUUACUGCCUAUUCAUCCGAAUAAUUUGAACAAAGUGAUACGCGGGGAAUGGGAGUCAAUUUCACAAUGGUUAUGCGAUGUCCUGUCAUCUGGUGAUGUUCUGUGUGUGUGUGUGAAAUUAGUCCAGUAUUCAGUUCAAUUCAAAGAUUUAUUGACGUUUUUGGAAUGCGUCUAUCUAUCUAAAAGGCAUCGAGUGGCUUCGAUUCGUUCAGUUGUAGCGUAUAUCUGA